UAUAUUUUACAGCCAAGUGAAAUAGACACAAGUCAGAAAAUGUAUUCAGCGAUUCGUCACUUCCUGUUUACACAUUUCAAAAUGGCGUCUGGUGUUAAGGUGUCUACACCUGUUCCCGAAGAAGAUGCAGAAAGCCUCGGAUCCCAGAAGAGAGAAGAUAGAUUAAGAAAGUUUCGUGAACUUCAUUUCAAAAGGAAUGAAGCUCGCAAACUGAACCACCAGGAGGUGGUUGAGGAGGACAAGAGACUGAAGCUUCCAUCUAACUGGGAGGCAAAGAAAGCCCGCCUGGAGUAUGACCUAAUGGUCGACGACAAGAAGAAGGAGUGUGCUGACAACGGGGAGGAUUACCACCGUGUGAAACUGCUUGAGAUCAGUGCAGAGGAUGCUGAGAGAUAUGAGAAGAAGAAGAAAAAGAGGAAUCCAGACCCAGGGUUCUCUGGCUAUGCUGAAGCCCAGCUGCGCCAGUACCAGCGGCUCACCAGGCAAAUCAAGCCAGACAUGGAGAGCUAUGAAAGGCAACGAGAGGAAUAUGGCGAUGACUUCCACCCCACCUCCAACAGUCUGAUUCAUGGAACCCACGUGCCCACCAAAGACGGCGUCGACCGCAUGGUGCAGGACCUGGAGAAACAGAUUGAGAAGCGUGCUAAAUACAGCCGCCGGCGUGCCUACAAUGACGAUGCUGACAUUGACUACAUCAAUGAGCGCAAUGCCAAAUUCAACAAGAAGGCUGAGCGCUUCUACGGCAAAUACACGGCCGAGAUCAAACAGAACCUGGAAAGAGGAACUGCUGUGUAAUUGUGGGUUAAUGUGUGGUAAUGUAUUGGACAUUUCCGGAUUCAUCAGCUGUCCAUCAGCUUGUAAAACCAAAAUCACUCAUAAUUUGUCCUUUUGGUGAUUCACUGUUGUCUUUAUGGUGAACAAGCUUCUCUUUGGCUAAUGGUUGAAGGAUGGCAUAACAAAGCAGUGGGGACUGUUAUCCUCAGAGGUGACUGAAAUGGAUUUCUCUUACACCUUUCUGUAUUCUUUCUUUUAAGCAGUCAAAGCUUUUGGCUAUGUAGUUGUAAAGAGAUCAUGCCAGACUUCUCUUUAGGUUGGUAUUUGUGUGUUUAUAAAUACAUUCUAUCUCAGUUAUAUUAUUUCUUUUUUUGUCUUGCAUAAUAAACAACUCUGGUGUUGACUUUUUAUUACUUCUAA